AUGUUCCAGUACGGUGACCACAGCUAUUGCUACGCUUGGUUUGGGACGAGUACGAGCGGUCCAGCAAGUUCGCCAUCCAACCCAUCCAUCCUUGUCACAACGAUGCCUCCAUGGAAAGCUCCAGGGAAUUUGAAGCUCAUCUUCAGCUCAGAGGUGCGGUCAUCCACGCAAGUGGCGCCAAUCGUUCAGAUGCUGCAACGGCAGAUGCAGCAAAUGCUGCAGCUGCAUCCAGAAGUCCAAGCGACUCAAGUGACGGAGCCAUCAGACACAGGAAACCGAACGCGAGGCACGCAAGUUGAGCCCAUGGUGACGGUUGUCGUGAAGAAUAUUCCGCUACACUACAGCCAAGACAUGUUUAUGGACCAGGUUAAGAAGCAUAGAUUUGAGGGUCUCUUCAACCUGCUUUACUUGCCAUGGAACUCCAAGAGCGACACCAACAAGGGCUUGGGAUUGUGA